UCUGCGUGGUCCAGGGAGUGCGAGAGGAGAGCGAGCGAGGCAGAGAGCGAACGAGCGCGAGCAGAAAGCCAGCAGGGAGAGAAAGAAAACAAAAAUAAGCUUCUCUAUGUAUAUAAAGAUGGCCACGUUAGCAAACGGACAGGCAGACAGUACCAGCCUCCCUAACAGUCAUAGCAAUCCAAGUACGAACGGGCACAUGAACGGAUUAAACCAUAGUCCUGGAAGCACUUCCACAAUUCCAAUGAAGGACCAUGAUGCUAUCAAGCUAUUCAUUGGGCAGAUCCCCCGCAACCUGGACGAGAAGGACCUGAAGCCCCUCUUUGAAGAGUUUGGCAAGAUCUACGAAUUGACAGUGCUGAAAGACAGAUUUACUGGCAUGCACAAAGGAUGUGCCUUCCUAACGUACUGUGAAAGGGAAUCUGCACUAAAGGCGCAAAGUGCUCUGCAUGAGCAGAAGACAUUGCCAGGGGUAAGAAAAAGUUACACUUUCUUCUCUCCCAAUUUGUAUUCAGCACAAUAAAAU